CAACAUUUCAUCGUGCCUUAAACCUAUAUAUAAUUCAGCGCUGAGAGAAUGACGGACUCCGUGCCGAGUGAUGUAAUCGCGCUCUCGAAUAAAGUGGCGUCUAAAAUUGGUAUCGAAAACCUAGAAAUUAUUUUACAUGGAGGUAACGCCAAAGGAGAAGGAUACCUUGGAGAAAUUUUAUUCAUUCAGUUAAUAGACAAGAAUAAUGGAACGAGUCAGCAUGUUGUUGUGAAACGUGCAUUUACUAAAAAACAAAUCAGAGAAUUGAAUCCAAUAAGGGAGGCGUUUUUGAACGAAAUUUGUUUUUAUCAAGAAAUUUUACCGUGUCUGCAACGUUUUCAAAUGGAAAAUGGCUUAGACAAGUUUAAUAAUAUACCUAAUUGUUUAUUUACAAGCAAAGAAGACAACAAUGAAUAUUUAGUACUAGAAAACAUUAAAAAAGAUGGAUUCGAACUAUUCGAUAAAACGAAAAUUUUAUGCUACGAACACUUGAAGGCAAUCUAUAAAACCUAUGCCUAUUUACAUGCGACUAGUUUUUUGUAUAGAAAAUAUAAGACGGAAGAAUUUGAUAAGUUAUUUGAGGAUUUGUUCGAUAUGUGUGAAGCGUUUACGAAGGUUGAAUACUCAAAUGCGAUGUGGAUGGACAUCUUUAAACUGGCAGCUGAGAAACUGAUUCCUGGCGAAGACGACGAAGUGAUUGCAGCAUAUGAUAAAUACGUAAAAAAUGGACUCGAAAUAACUCGGCGGGCAUGGUACUACAAGGGAAAGUACCCCCUCCUUACACACGGGGACUGUUGGAGCAACAACAUGAUGUUUAAAUAUGAUGAUCAAGGGAACGUAGUAGAUUUAAAACUUUUGGACUGGCAGCUUGUUAAAACAGGUUCACCGGUUCAAGAUCUGUCCUACUGUCUCUAUUCUGGAGCAUCACUCGACACGUUCGAAAGGCUAGAUGAUCUCCUCAAGGUAUAUUAUGAUAAUUUUUCCUCAGUUUUGCGACAGUGUGGUGAAAAUCCGGAAGAAGUAUAUCCCUUUACGACAUUAAAAGAAGAAUGGAAAAAGCAUAGCAAAUUUGGUUGGGCCACAUCUUUGAUGGUGUUGAAAAUUAAAACUACCGCACAACAAGAUAAAGUUGACUUGGCUGAUGUUAGCAUUAGUGAUAACCAAAUAGAAAUGGCCAAAAAAAUAGUACACGGAACGCCUUGCGAAGAAUAUGAUAGGAGAGUACGGGAACUCUUGUUGCAUGUAUACAAAAUAGGUGGCAUGUAGAUUGUAAUUUUCUUCUUUUAUUUGUUUAUGUAAAUAAUAAUAUUUAAAGAUUAUUUGCAAACACUUCCUAUAAACUCCAGCACAUAAA